UUUUAAGUUUAAUGAAUGAGUGGGGGAAGAGAAAAACAAACAUAUUCAGAAAGGUAGAAUGGUCUCAUAUAUUGAUCCUUGAAAUUACAAUACCUGGAUUCUGUUCUCAAUUUCAGCAAUGACUUAAUCUAUUGAAAGGUUCUUAUCAUAUAUGGGAAAAUUAGUCCAGUGGCAGGAUAUCUCUCAAAAAUAUGAAUAUGCUUAAUCAAGCCUUGUUGAAGUGUCUUUUAAAAUGUAAAUGAUUACAAAUAAAUGUUAGCUGUUGCAUAUCUGAAUAUAUUUAUUGUAGCACCAUACAUAGUAUAUAUUUCCAUGUUCUGGACACAAGCAUUAUCCUAAACUUUAAGGGAAGAUAUUGGUUUUAUAAUGUGCCAGGAGAAUUUUUCCAUAGUCAAUAUGUUGUUUAUUUGCACUUAAAUAUUGCAUCAAUAAUCUGAAAAAGAGAAAUAACCUGAUUAUGGCUAGAGCUUCUGAUUAGAGGCUAAGGUUUCUAUCAUGGACUGCUUUCAACUGUUAUAUUUUAUGGCACAGAUUCAGUGGGAAUCUGAUCUGCUAAAAUAUUUGGGCUGUGAAAACUCCCACACUGUGACAGAUGUCAAGUCCAAUUAAGUGACUCAUGUCCAGGUUUCUGUCCAAUAGGAUUUCCCAUUAAAUAUCAAUUUAGGGAAAAAAAUUCCAUCCCCCUUCUUAAGCCUUUAUCUCUUCCACCAUCUCCAGGCUGAAUCAAUUGGUACCAGGAGAGCCAAGAAGCCACACACUCAUCUCUGCCUCUUUGCUCUGGCUCUCCCACCCUCUCGCGUCUUUCUCCGCUUCCCUGUCACUGUUACUCCGGGAGACGUUCACUUUUCACCAACCUUUCUCCAAACAUCUCCAAGCCACUGACUAUAUAUAUUUUGCUACAAGGUAAAGAAAGGAGGGGGUGGGGGUGGGAGAUGUAACCAAGCCUUGAAAGACUUUGAAACUGGAAAUAUGUGUCUGUUUAUACAACAUACAAGUAAAUGAGGGAAGAGGAAGAGGCAAGCUAAGCCCCGAGUUACAGUAUUGUGUUCCUGAGAACCGGGGAGACAUCAGCUGAACAAAGCCUUAUCUCAAAAAAAAAAAAAAAAAUUACUUCUGAGCAAGAUUGCAUCUCUGCCUUGCACUUCCCAGUUUCUGCUCAGUCGUAUUAAGGGAAGGAAAGGCGUUCUACAGGAGCGGAAUCUUAUCUUAACCAUCUUUCUUAUUGAUUCUUCCGCUAUUAGAAAGUGGAAGAAUCAGCCCUUUGAUGUGAUUGUGUUUAUCUCUGCAUCUCUUUUGUUAUUUAUAGAGACCUAGAAGAGGAAAAGAGACACGAGACUUUUCAACACAUCGUUUUAAAAAAAAUCAACAACGAAUUUCCCGAAAUGUUUGAGAACAAUUAAAAGGAAAAGCCGUUUUUGAUCUAUCAACUAAGUGAACAAUCAUUCAUAUCGUCCACAUCCUGAGAUAUUAUCGUCCCUCGCUGUGGACACCAGCGAGAUGACAGCUGCUUUUUCAUUUUUGAAUGUAAUAAAUAUUUGCUGCUUCUAAUAUAUUUCGGAAUUUCUCCCUGCUAUUCCCUGGGAUUUUAACUCUAAAAGAUUGGAGAAAAGAUUAUCGAAAAGGCUUUUACAAGGUAAGCCUCCUUUAAAUGAUUUUUUUCCAGCUUGGAACUAAGUUAGAUGAUUCAUAUCGCAUUUAUAGAUGUGUUUCAGUGAAUGGCUGAAAAAACCAAAAUGCAUACACGACAUGCUAUUUACGAAUAUUUUAAAAAGAUAUCUGGAGAAGAAUUUAUCAUGCUUCGAGGGCAAGCCGGGAACUUUUUAUCCGAACUACAACUAUGUUGUGAUUUAUUGUGAUUUUCCAUUACUCGCCUAUUUAUUUAUACCCUUUCAAGGCGAAGGUGUAGCUGCAAGUUGUUCUACUUAUAAACGUAUCCGUGAAAAGCCCACAGGGAGUCACAUGUAUUUCACUUGGAGCGUUUGUUUUUAUUUUGCCUUAGAGGACUUGUUUUCCUCACAGGGAAAUGAAAGCUGCCUUGGAGCCAAAUUCGCUCCUAAGCAAGUGCGGUGCUGGGAGCGGAGAGCACAGCCCCCGCUUUUGUCUAGGAGCAAACGCUGCCGCACGUCGCCGACUCGAUCUCUCUUCCAGCGAGCAUCCCUCCAGCGGCACACUAGGGCCCGGGGCUCGCAGCCUGGUCCUCCCUCCCGGUGCCCGCGAUCGGUGCGCUUAGCCCCCGCAGGUGCCUCCCCGCCUGCCGGACCCUUUCUCGAAGCCCGAAUUUCCUCGAAGCCCCACGGCUGGGAGCGGCCCCCUCCCCGGAUGGGCGCGAUCGGGGCUGGUCCUCCAGGCGUCCGGGAGGAGCCGGGCAAGGAGGCCUUUCUAGGAUCGCAUCCUUAGAGAAAGGCUGAGGACGGGCUAGCUCGGCCUCGGCCAGGCCGCCCGGGGACAGCUGAGGGCUCCCGACUCCGGGCCCCAGAGCACCAAACUUUGCGGGCGGGGAUGCAGCUCGGGCCGGGGCAGCAGGCGCGGCGCCCGCCUUUCCCCGGCCCUUCCCUUCCCUCCCCAGCCUCUCCUUCCGCAGCCACCCGGCCGCCGACCUAUUCCCGGGAGGUGGUCGGCAGACUGCGGGAGCAUUGUCUUAUCCCACGUCGCCGUGUCCCUAGGUCCCCGAUGUGUGUGGCUGUCUGCGUGACAGAUGGUGCUUCGGGAGCCUGCGAGGGCAUGAGAGUCCAUUUGCUGUUGAAAGGAGCCUCCACGUUUGUUUAGUCAUCUAUUAUUUCGGAGAAGCGCGAGGGGUACGGGGAAGCCUUCCCGCUCCGGGACGCCUGCUCUCCGUCCGCGCUCGGGGCUGGGUUCCUCUGGAGUCCCGGCCGCCCCGCGCCCCAGAGCCGCGCGCAGCCCGCGGGCACCCAGUUCUCCGGCUGCUUCGCCCCAGGCCCUCGGGGCGGGAAGCGCGCUCCGCGUCUCCCCGCCCCCCCGCAAACCCCAGAUGGAUUCGUCGUUCGGAUUCAUUCGUUUGUCAGGGUCGGAGAAGAAGUAAGGGAGGCGGAAUGGCCGAGUUGUAUUUAGCCGAAGGAAGCACAAAACCCAGGAGCGGCCUCGCAGGCCUGAGGUCGUUCCCCGGAGCAGGCCCGCAGGCCGGUGUGGGUCUCCUGCAGGCCUCGGUGUCAGGUCCAGGAUGCGGCCUGGGCCAAGGAGAGGCCUCGCUGGCUCCUGAGCCGGGCGGUGGCGCAGGGCUCGGCUCUCGGGCCUGCCUGCCUCGGCGCGCUCCCACCCCGCGGGGUCCGCUCCUCGGAGCUCGCCGUCCUGCCUUGGGGAGGCGGCCCGGGCCGCGCGGAGGCCCGGCAGGCUAGGCCCUCGCCCGCUCUCGCUCCUAUCCAAAGAAGACCCCCAUUCCUUUUAUUGAUCGCUUUUCUGACUCCCCCUCAGUUUCCAAAAUGAUGCUGAGUCCAGACCAAGCCGCCGACUCGGACCACCCCAGUUCGGCGCCCUCGGACCCGGAGUCGCUGGGUGGCGCGGACGCCAAGGUGCUGGGCAGCGUGUCGGACCUGGAGCCGGUGGAGGAGGCCGAAGGCGACGGCAAGGGCGGCAGCCGGGCCGCGCUCUACCCGCACCCGCAGCAGCUGAGCCGCGAGGAGAAGCGCCGCCGCCGGCGAGCCACGGCCAAGUACCGCUCGGCCCACGCCACCCGCGAGCGCAUCCGCGUGGAGGCCUUCAACCUGGCCUUCGCCGAGCUCCGCAAACUGCUGCCCACGCUGCCCCCGGACAAGAAGCUGUCCAAGAUCGAGAUCCUGCGCCUGGCCAUCUGCUACAUCUCCUAUCUCAACCACGUCCUGGAUGUGUAGGGCCGGGGUCGCGGCGCGGGGCCGCCUGGCCGGGAGUGGGUGAAACGCGGCCAACCCGGGCGGCCGCCGCGGCGAUGGAGGAGGAAGCGGUGGCGCAGCGGGACGGCCGCCGCCACGACCUUGGACCGGGUAGGAGGCUCGCACCGUGUUCUCUCCGGUCGGCAGGGCGACUCUGGAAGGUUUCCGACUCCAGAAGGGUGGGGUUGUCUGGCGAGCCCUGGGGCUUGUAGGGAGCAUUUUCCAGGCAAGGCGAACCUCCUGGAGGCAUCGAGAUGAGUGGCCUCCAGGCCUCCCCUCCACGUGUUAGGAUCCCUUUAGGGGUUGUUGCUUUAGCUCACUGGAGACUGAGUUCUCCUACAUUCAUCUCCCACAGAUCUUCAUGUUUUGAAAGAAUGAGGGCAGAAGCUCAGAGUCUGGGCUUCUAACUUUAGACUAUCUGGAUUUUUUCUAACUGACAAAUCACCAAACAUCAUGAGGGGAGGGGAGGGAAUCUCCUCCAGGGCAGAGAUUCAAGACACAGAAAGGUGGAACAGGAAACUUUCUGAUCCGUUGUGAAAAGAAAGAUUAUAUUAGAAUCCAAGUAAAACAGACAAGCCUAGAACAUAUGGUAAGGUUAAAAAGAUACAUUGAGAACAAACAGAUAUUGUGGGAAGAUUUGAGUUUGGUGAGAUUUUUAAACCCCAAGGUCUGAUGCUAAUGUAGACAGGAAUAUCCAUAUUUAAAUGGAAAAUUUAAUAUCUGAUUGCUUUUUCAGGCGAAGUGCCCCUUUAUAUAUCCAAAAGCAUCUAUUUGUGACCUUAAACAUGUGGACCCAUAGGUGCAGUUAGAAAAGACAACCUAUUUUUAUUUAUGUUAGAACGAGUAUUUUUUUCAAGACACUUAUUUUUCAGAGUGGUGAUAAUUUUACUUUGGACACUCUGUGCCAAUUUAUUUAUAGUCAAGUGUUUACACUUUCUCCUGUGGAAUAAUUAUGUCUAACUUUUUACAUGUUUGUUGAGAUUAUACUGUGGUCUUUCUUUUUGCUCUAAUUAUAUUGCACUUGUAUAACAAAUUUCCCACAUCUCCCUGUUUCUAAGCAUAUUUUAUAUAUUAAGAUGUUUGUUCCUGAAAGGUUCUUUUGUUGUGAGAUCAGCAACACUAGCACUUCACUGUUAUAGUUUUUUAAAAAAAGUAAGUGUUGUUAUCCUUAUCUGUAGUUAUGUCUGAAAAGUACUUUGCAAACCGUUUAUAAGGAGAGUAGCUUCUUUGUGUGUGUGUGUGAUGUUUGUGUGUGGGAUGAUUUUAGGAAAUUAAGUUAUUUUCCUAAAAAAAAAAAAAAAAAGAAUUCAGAACUACUUUCCUCUGUGACAACCAAAAAGAAAAGUCUAUAACCUGAAAAUGUUUCAUGUUCUCAGCUGUGAAACUCUUAAAACAAGGAGUGUAUUUUAGAGACAAGGGAAAAAAAAAAAACCACAUCUGCUAUCCAAAGAAUUUAGUCUUUUUCAGGGUUUUUUUGUGUCUCUGUUGCUUUAUAUAAUGCAAUAUUUUGUAGUGAAAAUAGAUAUAAUCUGGUUUCUAUCUGACGAGUUUUUCAUAUCUCAUGAAUGGUGCGCUGUUUUGCAUAUAAAUAAAGGUAUCAAAUAAAGUCAUCUCCUUUAUUUUAAGCAUACUGUCUAAAAAUAAUGAACAUACUGGCUGAGCAAGAAACAUCUUAAUGGACUCAAUUCCUCAGAAAGGAGCUAAAAUUAGAAAACAACAAAAACAAAACCAAAUCUUGACAUGUACUGAGAUAUUUGAUGCUCUCCCUAAAGUUGGACGCUGAUCAGUCUAUAAAUAGAUGCCCCACAUAUGAUGGUGACAGAAAUCAUGUUUCUCUCAAUGAAGAAAAGAGAUUAUCAGUGUUUAUAUAAAAACAUUGCUUGAAUCAUAGAUUCUUUUGCUUUAAAAGCAAAUUCAGUAACUAACCCAAUCUCUUCAAAUUAGAGUUGGGAAACUGGGGUCCAAAGAGUUUAUAUGCCCUGCACUAAGUCCCAUGGCUACUUAGUGAAAAUGAGAAGACUCCAAGAUGAUGACUCUAAGUCCUCAUGGCACUUAUUAAGAACAAGGUGCAUUUCACUAUUGUACUAUAGCACUCGG